AUGGUUCUUGGAAACCGGAAACGUGUCGCUGAAAAACUGAAGGAACCGGCCGGAAGUGAAACUCUACGUGACCACGCCUCCGCCUUUAUAGGAUCAUCAGGUACACGAGACGCCGCCAAGCAAACUCCACAAAGACCUUUAGCUUGCACGCACCCCGUCGUCCGUCGAUCUCCCGCUAACUACCCGGCGCGCCUGGCGUCAUCAGCAGAGGACCGGCGCUCAAGGACUUGCCCGAUGCAGAAUCUUGCUAAGAAACUCAGAUCUUUUUUCUACAAGCAGCCCGAGGAUGGAAGCACCUUGGCUGACAGUACCCUUCGUCUCAGCGAAAGGAUGGAGAUUUCUGUGGAGGCCCUCAACGGAAACAUCAUCACCCUCCAGGUGGAUCCAUCUGAUACCAUCAAUGCCGUCAAGGCAAAGAUUCAGGAUCAUCAUUGCCUUAUCUUUGGCCGGAAACAACUAGAGGACAGCUCUACUUUGGCUGAUUAUGGCAUCCAGGAUGGCUCCACUCUUAAACUUCUUCCGCGCCCCCAAGAAAGGAUGGGAAUUCACAUCAGCCCACUGGGAGAUUAUUUCUAUGUUAAGAGCUCAGAUACUAUUGACACUCUCAAGGCGAAGAUUGAAUAUGAGUAUGCCAUUCACCCGGACCAGCAGCACCUCACCUUUAACCAGAACAUGCUGGAGGGAGGCCGUACGUUGGCCUACUAUGAUAUUCGGAACGGAUCCACUCUCGACUUUGCCCUCCGGCACCGAUCGGGACUGAUGCAGAUCUUCAUCAAGAAUCUUACAGGAAAGACCUUGGCGCUCAUGGUUGAGAGCUCAGAUACUGUCUAUAGUGUCAAGGAGAAGAUUCAGCAGGUUGAUGGCAUUGACCCUGCAGUCCUGCGCAUCAUCUAUGCCGGGACGCAACUCGAGGAUCACCGGACUCUGGCGGACUACAACAUCGAGAAAGAGUCCACUCUUCAUCUUGCCCUCCGUCUCUUGUCUUGUAGUAAAUGUCCAGGAAAUUGACAAUGCCAAGAGUGCGCGUUAAUUUUUUUUUCUUCAAAAUGAGGAAUGCUCCACCUCCGCAUCAAUAGAUGCACACAGCCAUUUGUUAAAAAUAGGGAGUG